CACAACAAUUCCUAAGUCACAUCCUUUCAGUAAAGAGACACGCUUUUACUUUAAAAAUGAUAAAAUAGGGCCUUUAUCUUUGCGAGAAAUCACUAAAACUAUAAAAUUAUAGCUUUCUAAAAUACACGAGCAGAUUCAAAUAAAUAUACGUGUCUGGCCCAGUGGAAAGCUAGCAAUUUCAUUUUGUAGAUCGUGGUUCAUUGAAAGCGCUGUCACUGCACAUGCUCUGUGCUGGAGUCAGGCAUCUCUGAGGACAGCCCUGUCUGUGCUAUAUUGCGUGGUCCUCAGAAGCUGGGCCGCUUCGGCUGCAGAGUGGAGAGAGCAGCAAUGGCGGAUUACGAAACAUAUGACGAUCGGGCCUACAGCAGCUUUGGUGGCAGCCGUGGACCAAGACGUGGAGAAUCUGGGCCUGGAUCUCGCAAACAGAAAGAGCUGCCCACGGAACCUCCAUUUACAGCAUAUGUUGGAAAUCUUCCAUUCCAUGUUGUACAAGGAGACAUAGAUAACAUAUUUAAAGAUCUAAGUAUACGGAGUGUGCGGCUAGUUCGAGACAAGGAGACCGACAAGUUCAAAGGAUUUUGUUAUGUAGAAUUUGAUGAUCUUGACUCGCUUAAAGAAGCCUUGACGUACGAUGGUGCAAUUUUUAUUGACCGGGCUAUUCGGGUAGACAUAGCGGAAGGCAGAAAACAAGAUAAAGGUGGCUUUGGAUUCAAGAAAGGAGGACCUGAUGAACGAGGACACGAUAGUUCUUACGGCUCUAGAGGAGGUGCAAGAGAUGACUUCAACUCUGGUUAUAAGGAUGAUGACUUUUUAGGUGGCAGGGGCAGGGGGGGACGUAGUGGUCCUCCUGGGGAUAGACGAGGACCACCACCUGCAGGAGGAGGACCUGGUCGUUACAGGGAUGCACCACGCGGAGGCUCUGCGGACUUCAGGGAGCCAACAGAUGAGGAACGAGCACAGAGACCAAGACUUCAACUGAAACCCAGGACAGUUGCUACACCCCUCAAUCAAGUAGCCAAUCCACACUCUGCCAUCUUCGGUGGAGCCAAGCCUAGAGAGGAAAGUGGUAAAAAAGAGAAGGAUUGAGCCAAUAACUGGGAGGGACAGAGGGAAGAGUAAGCUAGUCCGAACUAGUCACUCUGGAUUACCAUCCCUGCAAUUGCCAUUUUUGCCUCCUGACAUUAACUCCUCGAUCCCUCCUAUUCAAAACUGAAAACACUGAGCUUGUGAAUGCAUGUCAGCUGUUAACAAGUGGUUUUUAGUAUGUUCUCUGCUUUUCUGUAUCUAGUACCUGCAUUGUGCUGUUUCUACCAAUACCUCUCGCAAUUUGCAGGAAGUUCUCCUGCUGGAAAAGCUUCUCAACAAAAUGGAGUUCAUUUUGGAUUUAGGAGCUGAAUAGCUAAAUUCUUGAUACAAAUUAUUCCCCCCAUCCCCUAUUUUUCUUUAUAAUUUAGCAGAACAGGUUAGCAUUAAGUUAACCCUUAUUGCUUCUGAAAUUCUUAAUUUUGCUUUUCGGUUCUAUUCUGCAUGUUUUGUUCUGUAUUGCCAAGACUCUGAAAGAAUGUAAAAUGUGAGUGUUGGCAUUCGUGUCAUAGACUCAAACAAGGUGGGCACUUGGUAAUGUAAACCAAUGGAGAAACUAUUUUUUCCCAAUUUUUUUUUUUGCUUCUCAUGAGUACAUACCUAUAACUGCACAGAAUGUUCACUUGGCAUGGUGUAAAAGUUGUCUUUGAAACAAUUACCUUUCCUGUUGUAGAUUUGUCCUCCACUUGAUUGUGGGUGUAUUAGAACCACAAUUUUGCUUUAUAACUAUACAAGCACCUUCUUUGUUUUGUACCUAAAUGAGGUAGCAGAAGGGAAUUUAGGACUACUGAAAACCAAGACUGUUCAGUGAAGCAAAACCAGCUUUUUAUUUGACAUAUUUUUUUUUUUUUUUUUUCUUUUAAACCUGGGAGUAUAAAGACUUGUUUUGUUCCAGUACCCUCAGAAAGCAAAGACCAUUUAGCCUUUACAAUAUGCUGCUUCUUAUGCAGUUUUAGUUUACACCUGAAAAAACACUUGCUGUACAUUUACAGCUCUUUUGUUUUAAGUGUGGAUCACUUUGAGACAGUCUAGUGCCAGAGCUUAGUAGCUAUAUCACUGCUGGCGUCCUUUUGCUGAUGGCAGGAAUGCUGGCUUGCCUGGAUAAGCUGGUUUAGAGGAAGAUUUCUGCCUCAACCUUCUGGCAGGAUCAGGCGCGUGUACAUUUCAAUAAUUCAUUUUUGUUAACUUUUGCUUUUUUAUGUCAUUUCCCACCCUCCAUUAACCAUAAAGCUUGCUUGGUUUUAGAUUUUGGUACUAAAAUAUAAAUUCAAUAUUUAAAUGCAAUGCUUUAAUUGUUCUGCUGGCAGAGGGACUUGUAUCCUGUAGUGGUACAAUAUUUUAACCACAUCUCUGUGUCAGCAGAGGGUGUAUUUACAGUGUUAAAGUCAGUACUUAUGUUUUUACCUGCAGUGUCUAAGCAAAUAAGAGCUUCUUUUCUUCUUCCUUUCCUUAAUAUGCUCUGCUUCGAUAAGAACCAUUUGUCUAACACACUACCUAGAAUAAGACAUGCUUUGGAUGGUGAUUACUCUAGAAAUCCUCUUUACAACUGCUUUGUGGAAAAGCUUAAGCAGACCAAACAAAAACCCAAUCUGGUCUAAACAAUUGACUUUUUUUUUUAAAUAAGAGAAAAAUUCCAAACACUUGACACAUCCUGCUUCAUGACAGAAAGUACAUCUAUGGAUAUGGUAUUUUGUGAAAGAUCUUUUAAAUAAAAGAACAUUAUGGAUAAUA